CAGAAUUUAAUUUAUUGCUAGGUACCAUAUUUUGGGCAAUGCAUAGCAGUGCCUGGCUUCUCAAAACAGGGAUGAGAACAUUGUUAUGGGAGGCUGCAUAGGAAACCUGAGGAACCGUUCGCCCAGUAGGGCGUCCUCUGUAGAGCCUGCGGCAUCUGUGUCUUCUCCACAAGGUAGCCGAGGUGUUGGGAAGAAUGUUUCACUACGCCAUGAGGCAGUACGGUGGAAGUCUGACCUGCCAUUGACUGAGAAGCAAAUUCAAGACAAAAGAGAAGAAUUCUGGGACACAGCACCUGCUUUUGAUGGCAGAAAGGAAAUAUGGGAUGCACUGAAGGCUGCAGCCACUGCAUUUGAGAGUGAAGAUUAUGGUUUGGCGCAGGCUAUUGUUGAUGGAGCAAACAUCACAUUGCCCUAUGGCGGCCUCACUGACUGCUAUGAUGAGCUGGGCACCCGCUACCAGCUACCUGUCUAUUGUUUGUCGCUGCCUGUCAAUGUUGUUGCUGCAUGGGAGAAGAGUGCAUCUCUGCCCUCAGAGCAAGGCGGGUGGGUGGCUGGGGAAGAGAUCGUCAUCAAAGUGCGUCUUUCGACGACCUCCAAGGACAUCAAACUGCCCGUCCACUCUCUCGACACCAUCGCUGAGUGCAAGCAGCUCCUCAAGGAGCAAGAGGAUCUCGGGGAGGUGCGGCAGCGUUGGUUCUAUGGCGGCAUCCUUUUACCUGACCGCUUCCGUAUCAACGAGUUCAACAUCCCCCACAACCAUGUCAUCCAGAGUAUCAUCACUGAUAAUGUGUGAGACGGUGUAAGAUGAAGCUGCUGCUACAAACUAGAGCUUCAGUCCUCCAGGCCUGAUCCUGCCCCACGUUUUUCCUCAAACCCUGAGUUUAUCCCAACUUUCAGCCAUUGAACAGACAUAAAUUUCACAUUCAUCCUUGCAUUCAGCUAUUGAACAGCCAUAAUUUUCACAUCCAUCUCAGCCUUCAGCUAUCAAACUGACAUAAAUUCCACGUUGAUCCCAGCCUUCAGCUAUCAAACUUACAUAAAUUCUAUGAACAGCCAUAAAUUCUCAACCUUCAUUUCUGGAUGCCAUUUACUUGCAUUCUUACGCGAAGUUUAACGCCCCAAAUCGGCGCUACUGCGGAUCACGGCAAGUUCAGCUCGUGCGGAUCUCAUUAGAGACGCAAAUAACCUGCCUAAAUUACGCAAGUAACCUGCCUAAAUUACGCAAGUAACCUGCCUAAAUUACGCAAGUAACCGGCCUAAAUUACGCAAGUAACCUGCCUAAAUUACGCAAGUAACCAGCCUAAAUUACGCAAGUAACCUGCCUAAAUUACGUGCUGUGUACACGUGCUACUCAACAUUUAUGAAUCAAGUGGUCAUAAAUUUGUAUACUUUUUCUUCGUUAUUAAGGUUUGGUCUUCAAAUAAAGUUUCUUGUAACCUUUAAGAACGAUUUGUCGGUUAGUGAUGAUUCCAAAUUAUUAGAUAUGUUACCGGGAGUAAGGUGACUUAUGAAUUUCUUAAUAAUAAUAAAACUUGAUUUACCUGUCAUUUGAUGGCUUCGCACAUUGAGAUAAUACGAUAGUGUUAUUUAGACCUGACUUGGUUGCUUGAUGGUGAAGUAGUGUAAGGUUAUAUGCUCAACUCAGUCUGCUUGUGAGUCACAAUAAGAAUAAAUUGAGUCACACAACAUGAAAUGUCAGUCACAAAAUGAAUAAUGUGAUACAUAUGCACUAUAUGUCAUCAGUCACAAAAUGAAUAAUGUGAUGCAUAUGCCCUAUAUGUCAAUAAGAAGCUGAGUGGAAGUCACUAGAAAAGAUUUACAGUUUGUGCAAGACGGAACAUCUGGAGAUAAAUUGAUGUUGCCGUCUUUCGAAAAUGUUUAUCUUCUAUUAUUUGUUUAUUCGUCUUAUCAUUAUUAUUCAUUUUGAAUGGAAAUGAAACUUAGUGGAGAACAGUGCUGCUUAAACAGUGCUGGAGGGUUGCCAUGCCUCGCCGGCCCCUUUCACCCCCACUGACAAUAAAAAUAAAAUUUAUUUUUCAAUAAUUUUUCACGAUUCCCCCCGCCCCCACAUAACCGCUAUACGCUACCGCACAACCGCACCCAAGACAAAAUUCAGAGGCACGGUAGCUUCUGGCAAUCAGAAGCUGGGGCGGCACUGAAUUUUGAUGAAACGAUUUCUCCGUCCCAUACACUGUUAGAAAAAAACGGUGAAAAAACGGUCCCACUGGCGUUCU